UACUGAAAAAUGCCAUUUUCGAAACGGAUCGUGGAGCCGCCGCUGCUGUGUAGGCAUCCCAUCCCCAAUGAUGAGGGCUUGCUUUUCGAGGAUUUGAGUUCAAUCAACAAUGUGGUUCUUUCGCGGACCUUACGGCAGCUAUCCGACCUGGCCAAACAUGCCUGCUCUCUAUUUGAGGAGCUGGAGAACGAGAUCAUCUCUACAAAUCAAAGGGUUUGGGUGCUACAAAAUAAAAUAGGCAAGAUCCAGCAAACUGCCAGCGGGUUAGACCCGAAACAGGAGCCAGUUCCUGUGUCCAACCUGGACGUGGAGAGCAAGUUGACGGCGCACUACCAGGCUCCAUGGCACCAGCAGCACAACGUGUUCCACCCCUCAACGCGCCCGCCCUGCCUGGACGACCUCCACCGGCACGCCAAGCAGAACCUGCGCGCUCUACACAGAGACCAACAGCAGAGGCAGCGGUCCAGCAGCCGAGAGCGGCACCAGGUGACCAUUUCCAUCUCAGUGGCGCCCCCUAUGCCUAGCUACCCCUCACCGCGCACCCUCAGGCACCGGGAGCAGAGGGGUCGCCACGCACGCACGCAGGAGAGGGCGGGCAGAGAGGUGGAAUACCAGCAUGCACCAAGACAGUUUUCCCGAAAACGGCCCUCAUCCCUUACAGAUUGUUGUUUCUUCAUCUUCUGGAGAAAGACUGCCCCUGCCACAGACAAGGAGUGUGAGGUGGGGACCCUGGGCCAUAGGCCCAAAGGCCCCGUGCCCAACGUGCCCAGCACACUGGACAAGCAGACCAACUGGUCCAAAGCCCUGCCCCUGCCCACCCCAGAGGACAGGCUGAAGAGCGAUCCGCACGCCGUCUCGUCCUGCAUCAUCCCCAUCAACGUCUCUGGAGUGGGAUUCGACCGUGAAGCCAGCGCCCGCUGCUCGCUCGUGCAUUCCCAAUCAGUUCUCCAGCGACGGAGGAAACUGAGACGGAGGAAAACCAUCACAGGAAUUCCCAGACGGGUGCAACAAGACAUGGAUUCGGACGAAUCUCCUGUCGCGCGAGAGCGGACGGUGAUCAUCCACGGCAACCAGCAGCUGUCACUGUGCAGCGACGAGCUCUCGCUCAGCAGCCGCAUGAACACCAAGGACUCCGGCUGCCAGACGGAAGACUUCACCAUCACCGCGCCCUCACGCCGGCGGAUCCGGGCCCAGCGCGGCGGCCAGGGCGGCAUCCCGGCCUCGCUCUCCCACUCCACGGGCAACAUCUCCUCGCUUCCCGACUGCUCGGAGGCCGUCUACACCUCCAGCUCGGGCCGCCUGCGGUCCCGGAGCCUGCCGCGCGAGGGGGGCCGCAUCCGGGACGAGGUGGAGGACGACGACAGCGACGAAGACGACGAGGAAGACGACGAGGAUGAAGACGAGGAGCUCUCGCCGUACGAGGCGGAGGAUUUCCUCCCCGUGCCUGGGCAACAUAUCAUGAAGGAUGAGGAGGAGAGCACGGACGACCAGGCCAUGCCGGAGCUGCAGCUCGGGAGCCUGAAGCGCGGUGUCCCUCGAGGGGCCGGCAGCCCCGACCAUGGCUGGAUCGAGCGAGGCCGCUCACGCCUGCCGCGCAAGGCUGACAUGGGCAGCUGUGAGAUCUCCUCCAGCUCGGACACCUUCAGCAGCCCCAUCCACUCAGUGUCCACCACAGGCGUGCUGGGCGGCCAGAUCGACCACAAGGAGGACCACCAGUCCUCCAGCGGCAACUGGAGUGGCAGCAGCUCCACCUGCCCGUCCCAGACGUCGGAGACCCUGCCGCCGGCCUCCUCGCCCCCGCUGACCGGCUCGUCCCACUGCGACUCGGAGCUGUCGCUCAACACGGCCCCGCACAUCAUCGACGACACCACCGGCUUCAUCAUCGACCCCUUCCAGAGCGACCGCGCCCAGACCCAGGGUCAAAGGUCAAGUUCGUUCACUUCCUCGGCAACGGACCAGAUGGACGACGCUGGGGUGAGCACGGCCAGCGAGGGGGAGUGGAACUACACCCAAGACCAGCCGGAGCAGGACCAACCGUGUUCACAGGACUUCAGCCCCAAGAGGUCCAGGGAGGAGCACAGUGGGCCCGGCUACAGAGCCACCUACGAGGGCUUCAGCGGGAAGACGUGUGGGGAGGCGGGGGGCACGAACUUGCACUAUUCGGAUUCAGAAGGCCUCUACGCCACGAUGCACUUUGCUUGCGGUCUUAAGGAGAGCAGGAGCUAUGUCUAUAACUAUGCAGCGGACAACGGGGGCACGGGUGCGACAGGCAUGGUGCCUAGCCAUGGCGGCGACGGAUACACCCAGUCAGACUACCGAGGCAACACCAGGUCACUUGGGCGGCAGUGUCUCUCGCUGCGAAAGCCAAAGGCGAAGCCGCCCCCACCGAAACGGAGUUCGUCCCUGAAGGAAGCGAGCGGCAUGGAUGCAAUGAUGGACCAGAGCGAACCAAAGACACUGAUCUGUGACCCCGACCCGCCCCUGCCCUUGUCUUCCAGGGAGAUGAAGCUGGAUCUGGAUCUGGCCGCUUCGGUGGCCGACUCCGAGAUGCUGGGCCUGGAGCCGGAGACGCGGGGAGCGUGGGGGGUCGAGAGCUCCAGGGAGGUGGACGACGCGUCCCCGUUCUGCUCCAGCGACACACACUCCUUCAAGGACGAGGGAGCCGUACAGUCCGACUAUGCAGACCUCUGGCUCCUGAGUGACUUGAGAGCGGCCAGCGCUCCCUACCGGUCCGUGUCCACCACCAGCACGGCCACGUGCACCACCGUCAUCGAAUGCGUGAAGUCACCGGAGGCGGCAGAGCCCCAAGCACUGCGUCCAAGCACGUCCAGGUCCACGUCAACGUCGACAUCUCACCCACCGCCAACAGAAAGCGAAUUCAAGCUCUCGUCCCCGGAAAAGCUUGCCGGCUUGGCAUCUCCUUCCAGCGGCUACUCCAGCCAGUCAGAAACGCCGACAUCUUCCUUCCCUUCCGCCUUCUUCCCCAACCCCCUGUCCCCAACAACUGGCAAGCGGAAGCCCAAAGUACCUGAGAGGAAGUCCUCUCUCUCUUCCCUGCAGCAGCAACAGCAGCAGCAACAGAAUCAGCACCUCAGCCUCCGAGACAACAGCUGCUCCACCACAAGACCGGACCCCGACUUCCCCGCGCCACCUCCGGCCCACCAACUUGACCUAAGUGCUCUUCACAGCGGUCCUCCCAAGCCCCCACCUUACAGGAUGCACACCCUCCACCACCACAACAAGCAGAGAGCUGCGGCGAUGGCGGCCGCGGCUGAGGCGAGGGCUGCUGCUGCUGCAGCUGCCGCCGCCGCUGCUAGUGGUGCUGCUUCCGCCAGCACCAACACCACUGCAGACAUGGCCUGCUCAGGCCAGAGCCACAUGGCCAUCACGCCCACUGUUCUGAAGUCAGUCCAACUGCGCACUGUCAGCACAAGGGAGGAGGAACAGCAGUGCAGCAUGGGAACGCUGAGAAGGCCCAAGCAGACUGGUAAGCCUCCCGCCUACAAGGCCCACGAUGCACCACCUCAGGAGUUAGCAAGUGACACCACCAGGGUCUCGUCAGGGGACAGCACCCUGCCUGCUGAAGCCCAGGCCCAGGCCCAGGCCCAGGCCCAACCCCAGCCACAGAGGCCGAGGCAACAGAGGCUGGUCCCAGGCACGUACUGGGCCAUGACCGCUUUCAGGACCCCCGUGGAGGUGACGGGGGACGACGAUGACCUCAUACCUCAGUCAGGAGCAACGUAUGAACCGCAAAGAGACCCGCCUGACUACAGAGCACCGGGCAGCUCAGGGGAUCCCAGUGGUAGUCUUCAGAUAAGUGAUCAUCAGACACUCAAGCACCAUGCAGCGGACACUGGAGCCUCUUUGCUAAGCCUAACCAGCACCCUGUACCCCCCUGCUCAGAGCGAACUAACAACAACAGCAAGCUGUGGCUUUGUACUGUUCAACAGUCCUGACAAAGUGCCUGCCAGACCACUCGAAGCGUCGCACGCUUACGAAAUCAGUGACGCACGGAGCAGAGAGGAUGACUGCGAAUUCUUAGGUGUUCACGCCAGAAGUGCCUCCCAGGACAAUCGAGACGAGAGUUCAACUCCGGACACAGAGGAUUAUUUCAGUAAAGACUCCACCCCCAGUGACAAUUCCAUCUCUCCACUGACUGAUGACUCGAAGGCUGAGGAGGACGUUUUCCCAUCGCCAAACAGACUGCGCACAACUGAGGAUCUCUUUGCCAUGAUCCACAGGUCCAAGAGGAAAGUCCUGGGCCGCAAGGACUCAGGGGAGAUGAGCGUGAAGAGUCGAGUGGUUCCCCCAUCAGCAGCAGCAGCAGCAGCAGCAGCAGUGGUGGCAGCGGCAGCAACAGCACCUCUCACCAUGCCCGUCAGUGUCCCCGUGACAACCACCCAACCCAGCAGCAUGCCAGCUGCCGCCCAGCAGCCGCCGACCACCCCGGCGUCCGGCUUGCAGCAACGAGUGCCGGGCCCCAUCUACCGCAACGCCAAAAAGUCCAGCACCUCCAACGAGGAGUUCAAGCUGCUCCUGCUGAAGAAGGGCAGCCGCACGGACUCCAGCUACCGCAUGUCUGCCACCGAGAUCCUCAAGAGCCCCAUCACGCCCAAGAGCCCCGGGGAGCUGCUCCUGGAGGGGGUCAGGCCCCCCACAGACGAGCCCCCGUCGCCCCAGCAAGACUCCCCAUCAGCGGGGCCCGAGCAGCAGCAGCAGUCCAGCCCUCAGUACCCCAGGGCCAACACGGAGGGCUUCUCGCCCAAGACCCUGAGCAUGACGGCGGCGUCCAGGCAGGGUCGGUCGCGCGUACCUCCAGCGGCUAACAGUAGUCGCUACAGUACCCGCAGCCGGCUCUACAUGGCGCCGAUGCAGGCCAUCUCCGAGGGCGAGACAGAGAACUCAGACGGGAGCCCCCACGACGAUCGUUCCUCUUAACCCAUGUUUCCUCCUUUUUUAUCAGACAUAAAAGAAGAACAAGAAGAGGGGUAUUCCUCGAACUGAAAAAUAAUAUCAUUUCUGAUGAGUUCAACAGAAAAAAGAAGAAAGACAACAGAGGACUCGGAAACAGACUGUGUCAUACGUACACAUUACAUGCUCUCGUGUUUUUAAUAAUCUUAUAUACUGUAUCUGUCUGCCCAGGAGGACACUGUAGAUGGCGGCAAUAUCCUGUGUUCAGCUGACAUAUUUUUUAAACAAUACCUAAAACUUAAAACUAAAAUGUUCAA